AGACGACUAUGGGUCCUCUCGAACCAGGAAGUGUACGUGAUGUCAUCAUUUCGCACCGUACAUGCUGGGUGAAACGUGUUACCACGCCGUCAUCGUGCUGUUUAAAUACCGGCGCUGAUCGUCAUGGAGUACAUUCAAGCUCCAGCUACCCCCAGUCAGGGUAACAUCCUCUGCUGUACGUGUGGCAUCCCCAUCCCCCCCAACCCUGCCAACAUGUGUGUGUCCUGCCUGAGGACAUCAGUGGACAUCUCUGAGGGCAUUCCCAAGCAAGUUACCGUGAACUUCUGCAAACAGUGUGAAAGGUACUUGCAACCCCCAACCACAUGGAUGCAGUGUGCUCUGGAGUCCAGAGAGUUACUCGCCCUCUGCCUCAAGAAGAUUAAGGGAAACAUGACUAAAGUGCGACUGAUUGAUGCAGGCUUCCUGUGGACUGAACCCCACUCCAAAAGGAUCAAGCUGAAGCUGACCAUUCAGAAAGAGGUGAUGAACGGGGCCAUCCUGCAGCAGGUGUUUGUGGUGGAGUAUGUGAUCCAGUUCCAGAUGUGUUCGGACUGCCACCGGGUCGAGGCUAAAGACUUCUGGAAGGCUGUGGUGCAGGUCCGGCAGAAGACUGUGCACAAGAAGACGUUCUACUACCUGGAGCAGAUGAUUCUAAAGCACAGUCUGCAUCAGAACACAUUACGCAUCAAAGAGAUUCACGACGGCCUUGAUUUCUACUUCGGCUCAAAGCAGCACGGGCAGAAGAUGGUGGAUUUCCUGCAGUGCACAAUCCCCUGCAGAACAAAGUCAUCCCAGCGGCUGAUAUCCCACGACGUUCACACAAACACAUACAACUACAAAAGCGCCUUCUCUGUGGAGAUUGUGCCCGUGUGCAAGGACAACGUGGUGUGCCUGUCUCCACGUCUGGCGCAAAGCCUGGGCAACAUGAGCCAGGUGUGUGUGUGCACCCGCGUCAACAGCACCAUCCACCUCAUGGACCCCAACACGCUGCAAGUUGCCGAGGUGGAUGGCAAUACUUAUUGGCGGUACCCCUUCAACAGCUUGUGCAACCCUAAACAGCUGGAGGAGUUCCUCGUCAUGGAAAUGGAGGUCAUUAGAAACCAGAAGCUUGGGGCUGGAGCAGGCAUCAUAUCCAAUAAGCACGUUCUGGCUGAGGUGUGGGUCCAGAAAGUGUCUGAGCUGAACACAAGUCAGCAGUACUUCUGCCGCACCUCCAUGGGCCACCUGCUCAACAUUGGGGACACGGUGCUCGGUUUUGAUUUCGCAAAUUCCAACGUCAACGAUGAGCACUUCAACAAGAUGAACGCCCAAAAGAUACCUGAUGUGGUUCUCAUUAAGAAGAGCUACGACCGCAUGAAGAGGGCGAGGCGCAGGAACUGGAAGCUCAAGGAACUGGACCGAGAACGAGAGGGCAUGGACUCAUCAGGCGAUGAGAGGCAAUACCAGGACUUCCUGGAGGAUCUGGAGGAGGAUGAAACCCUGAGGAAGAACGUCAACAUCUUCAGAGAUGCUGAUAAGAUCCCAGUGGAGAGCGACGCGGAGGAUGACGGUGCCCCCAGGAUCUCCCUGGCUGAGAUGCUGGAGGAGCUGACUCUGAACGACGCCACCGGUGGAGAAGGCGCCGAAAUGAUGACUGACUGAACACACCUGCAGUAGAUCCAUCGGCAACCAAUUACUCUGGUCUGAUCUGGGCUAUUCAUCUUCUUGUAGUAACCCAAGAUUUUCAGGCAUUUCAUGAUAUACUGUGUGAAGUGGAGUAAUGGCUAACCGUAUGCAGAAUUACAUGGUUGCCUCCCGUGCGUUCUAUAGUUAUUCAUCCAUUGAAAGGAUGUUCAAAUAUGCAAUAACCUCAUUGUUUGAUAUCAGUUAAAACACUAGCAGAAAUGGUGUGUGUUUUGCUGAAUAACCAUUAUGACAAACCACACAAUAAAAUAUGAUCUAUUGA